UCUGUCAGUCUCGCCCAGUCUGGCUUCUAAAUCACAAUCAUAAAACAUUAGUGGCCCAUUAUGGCGUUCAUCCCAGUCACGACUAUAGCCCCCUUGGUUAUUUUUAUACUCUGUCUCACGACUCAUGUGCAAUCAUUAUUUCUAGUUCAAUCAACUGGCCACGAGAAUGAUCGUCCUAUCAUUGGAAUUUUAACACAAGAGCUCAGUUACCGUAUGACUAAAAUCUACGGUGAUGAGAAAUUCGACAGUUACCUAGCUGCGUCCUACGUGAAAUACGUGGAAAGUGCUGGGGCACGUGCCGUUCCAAUAUGGAUUGGACAGCCGGAAUCGUACUACAAAGACGUACUGAACGGAGUCAAUGGAGUUCUUUUUCCCGGCGGAAACUCCUUGUUCGGUAUAUCCGGGGGCUAUUCAGAGGCAGGUCAGAUCAUUUACAGAAUCGCCAGCGAGAUGAAUAAUCGUGGUGAUUAUUUUCCAAUUUGGGGCACGUGUCUGGGUUUUGAAUUGUUGACCUACCUCGCGGCUAAUGGCGAAGAACAUCGAACUAAGUGUUCAAGCAACAAUCAAAUAUUGCCGUUGGUUUUCAAACCCGAUUUCAAGCAGAGCCGAAUGUUUGAAAAUGCUCCCGAUGAUGUCAUUGGUAUUCUGAAAAAGGAAAAUGUUACAGCCAAUUUCCAUCACUUCUGCGUAACCGAAGACGACUUGGCGAAGGUCAAUUUGACGAGUUUAUUCAGAGUUAUGUCUGUGAACCAAGACUGGAAUGGGUUAGAAUUUGUUUCGUCGCUGGAACACGUCAAUUACCCGUUUUAUGCUGUCCAGUUUCAUCCUGAGAAGAAUAAUUACGAAUGGCUUUCGAGGCUCACAAUCCCCCACGGGAGGAAUGCCAUUCGUGUCAGCCAGUAUUUUGCAGAUUUUUUGGUGGCUGAAGCACGGAAAAAUCAGCACCGUUUCAAAACGCCCGAGGAGGAAAGUAAACACCUAAUUUAUAAUUACAGCCCUGAGUACUCGGGGAAUCAACCAAAAUCCUCAUUCGAACAGAUUUAUUUAUUCAUGAAGAAGCCUGACAGGGCCAAUAACAAACGCACUGAUUAGUUAAUUAUAUAUAUCUGUGAUAAUAUUUCUUACGAAUCGUGACAACUCGUGAUUUUUCGAUUAGAUAAUUAUAAUUCCUGAGUUGUUAUCGAUGAUAUUAUCAGUUGGCCUGUUUAUUUUACUAAUUGUAUUACCCAAUACUCGAUUUGUUCAGAGAUUACAGAUGGAUAUUCAGGGUGUCCCCAGAUUUAUCUGACAUAUCACGAGGCUAGCUCGGGGGGAUUAUUUCGAGACGAAAAAGCAAAUACACAACAGAGAAAAAAUAGAAAAAAGAAAAAAAAUUGUACAUUUCGUCAAAUUAAAAAAAAACACAAGAAAAAUCUGGCCCUUUCGUAAAAAAAUCUACUAAAUUUCUUUUGAAACUCUAUAAGUCUAUUGGAGUUCUGUGAAUAUUCUAUAAAAUAAUUCUUUUGUUUUUUUUGCAUGAUUUCUAUUGAAGAUUAUGCAAUUUUACAGAGA